AAAUAUUCUCUUCCUCUUGCCUUUCUUGUUCAAACCCAAUUUGGUUUUAAUUUUCCUUCUGUGAUUCCCUUAGCAUAUGUCUCAGAGGCUCAGCGUUCCCCACUCUUCUUCCAUCGCCUUCGGCCUCCAUUCUCAUCUCCUGGUCUCCAGUGAGAUGACCCCCAGCUCCAACUGGUCUUGAAAUUCAUUUACUCUCGUACAAAUUACCAAACUCUCUGAUCAUUUGUUUUGUGAAGAAAAGAAUCAAACAUGGGUGUGAAAGGUUUCGUUGAGGGUGGCAUAGCUUCCAUCGUUGCCGGAUGUUCGACUCACCCCAUGGACCUUAUCAAGGUCCGAAUGCAGCUCCAGGGUGAGACCCAGGUGCCGAAGGCUGACCAAGCCCUUCGUCCAGCGCUGGCCUCAGCCGCUCGGGGAGGUGUUUCAUCCUCCAUUCAUGUUCCUGUUCCUCCCCCGCCGACGCGCGUGGGACCAGUCGCUGUCGGAGUCAAGAUUCUUCAGCAGGAGGGUGUUGCAGCCAUGUUCUCUGGUGUUUCGGCCACCAUGCUCCGGCAGUGCUUGUAUUCAACUACCCGGAUGGGGCUGUAUGACAUUUUGAAGAAGAAAUGGACCGACCCGGAAACCGGGAACAUGCCGCUGCAGAGGAAGAUCGGCGCCGGGCUCAUUGCCGGAGCGAUCGGUGCCAUGGUGGGGAAUCCGGCCGACGUGGCCAUGGUCCGUAUGCAGGCUGAUGGCCGGCUCCCGGCGGCUGAGCGCCGGAACUACAAAAGUGUGGUGGACGCUAUAACCCGCAUGGCGAAGCAAGAAGGCGUCGCGAGCUUGUGGCGCGGUUCGUCCAUGACUGUGAACCGCGCCAUGCUUGUGACGGCUUCGCAGCUGGCUUCAUAUGACCAGAUCAAAGAGACGAUCCUCGAAAAAGAGCUGAUGCGAGACGGGCUCGGGACUCACAUAACUUCUAGUUUCGCGGCGGGAUUCGUGGCGGCUGUCGCCUCGAACCCGGUGGAUGUGAUCAAGACAAGGGUGAUGAACAUGAAGGUGGAGCCUGGAGCGGCGCCGCCGUACAAGGGGGCGCUGGACUGCGCGGUCCAAACGGUGCGUUCGGAAGGGCCGUUGGCCCUUUACAAGGGGUUUAUACCUACAAUUUCGAGGCAGGGGCCUUUCACCAUCGUGCUGUUUGUGACAUUGGAGCAGGUAAGGAAGUUGCUCAAAGAUUUCUGAAGAAAGAUCUCAUGAUGAUGACGAACAUGGAGUGAUUUUUAGAAUAUUACAAUAAAAGUGGAUAUUUUUUAAUUAAUUUCUUAUAUCGUAUAUGUCCCUGGAGAUUGGGAGAAAUCGUUUAGUUGAUUAUGAAGCAGUAUAAUUGCUCUAUACUAAGUCUAGAAUUCUUUUUCUUUUUAAUUUAUUGAGAAACAUUUUUUUUAAAUAUC